AUGGCUGUGUCCAUGCUUGAUGCCAAUAACGAGGAUAAAGAUGAUAGAGAUAAGGAUGAUGAUGAUGUUGAAAGAGAUGACGACGGAGAUGAAGAAUAUACAGAUGACGAUGUUGAUGAAGAUGAUAGGAAUGACUAUGAUAAUGAUGAAUAUUAUAGUGAUGAUGAUGAGGAUGAAGCUGAUAGAGAUUACGAUGGCGAUGAAGAUUAUAGAGAUGAGGAUGGUGAUGGGGAUGGGGAUGAAAAUGUUAGGGAUGAGAAUGAGGAUGGCGAUGAUAUAGAUGACGAUGAUUAUGAAGAUGAUAGAGAUGAGGAUGAUGAUGAAUAUAAUAGAGAUGACGAUAGUGAUGAAGAUGAUAGAAGUAACUAUGGUGAUGAUGAUGAUAGAGAUGAGGAUGGUGUUAAGAGUAUUGAAAUUGAGAUGAAAAUAGUAAUGGUGUUUCCUGCCAUUACUUCCGGCGAGUAG